GCUCGCCAUUGGCUGCAGGCGCUGUCCCGUCAGACGGCGGAGGGGCGUGACGGGCUGGCAGCGAGCUCCUGUCCCGCCCCAGGCCCGCAGCUGCGGCCGGACUCGGAGCGUGGGGAGCCGGGGCCGCUGCGCCGCAGGGAGCUGCGCCGCGGGGCCUGCCGGACAGACGGGCACCAUGGUGGAGUACUACGAAGUGCUGGGCGUGCCCCGAAACGCCUCCUCGGACGACAUCAAGAAGGCGUACAGGAAGGCGGCGCUGAAAUGGCACCCGGAUAAGAACCCGGAGAACAAGGAACACGCCGAGCGGAAGUUCAAAGAGAUCGCGGAGGCCUACGAAGUUCUGUCGGACAAGGAGAAGCGAGACAUCUACGACCGCUAUGGCAAGGAAGGCCUCAUGGGAGCAGCAGGGCCUGGGGGAUCAAGAGCCGACGUGGGAGUCCCCGAAUUCACCUUCACCUUCCGCAGCGCCCACGACGUCUUCCGGGAGUUCUUCGGCGGGCGGGAUCCCUUCGCUGACCUCUUCGAUGAGAUGCUGCCGUUCUCAGAGCUGCGGGGAACUGGCCUCCGACACCCCGGAUCAGGCUCCUUCUUCUCCUCUUUCCCGGCAUCCUCAGAUUUCUUCUCCUCGUCCUUCAGCCCCGGCACCGACCCUGGAAUCGGCUUCCGCUCGGUUUCCACCUCCACCACCUUCGUCAACGGCAAACGCAUCACCACGAAGAGGAUUGUGGAGAACGGGCAGGAGCGGGUGGAGGUGGAAGAGGACGGGGAGCUGAAAUCGAUCCACGUUAAUGGUGUCCCUGACGACAUGGCGCUGGGGCUGGAGCUGAGCCGCCGGGAGCAGCAGGCCCUCCUGGGCCAGGCCCCGCACUCGCCCCCUGCGCCGCCGCGGCCCCGCGGCUCGUCCCCAGUCUGCCUGUACACGGACAGCGAGGAGGAGGACGAGGACCUGCAGCUGGCGAUGGCCUACAGCCUGUCGGAGAUGGAGGCCGCGGGGCAGCACAGAGCAGGUUGUGGUGACCUGUAUCUGAGCUGUUAAUGGAUAAAUGACCCUGUGCUAAUUGCCAGGAUGUUUGGGAGAAGGAGAGUUGAGCCUUUUGUUUUCUCAG